AUGUUGGAAUCUUUGCUUAUUCUCAUGGAUUUUCAGAUACCCAUCAAGAAUAUCAAAGGGUCUGCUUAUGAUUCUGAUAGUUAUGUCGAUGGUAAUCGUAAAGGUAACAACUUGGUGUCUGAAAAUGGGAUUUUCGAAUUUGGGUUUUUCGAGAAAGAUGGUGGCGAAUUCGUAGUCGAGAUUAGGUACAAUUUAGGUCCCAAAUCAGCAAAUUUGCCUGUUUGGACUGUUGGUGGCGGUGUUAGGGUUCCAAUCAAUUCUACAUUGAAACUUUCCAUGGAUGGGAGACUGAUCUUGUUCGAAAACCCUAGUAAUUCCAUAGUUUGGAGUAGUAAUACUUCAAAUUCAGGAGUUGAAUCCGUCACCCUUUUGAACAACGGCAAUCUAGUUCUAAUCGACAGUCAAAGUACAGUCAUCUGGGAAAGCUUUCACCGGCCGACCAACACCUUGCUCCCCGGCCAAUUUCUCCGGUACCCACAAAAUCUCAGACCCCCUUCCACAAAAUCGAUUACCAGUUACUACACAUUUGUAAUCCAUCCAGAAGGGAUCGCUUUAAUGUGGGAAAGCAACAUCACUUAUUGGAAACCCAAUUUGAGCACUUCACGUGCAACAAUCAAAGAAGUUCGAUUCGAUUCAAAUGGCGUUUUGGGUCUAUACGAUAAUAGUAAUAAAGUUAUUUGGUCAAUAUCAAGUACCGAUUUUGGUGACACUUCUGUGAGUUUAAGGCAUCUCAGAAUCGAUCAAGAUGGGAACUUGAGAAUAUAUUCAUGGAAUAAUGUUCUUCGUUCUUGGAAAGUUGGUUGGCAAGCUGUAGAAGAUCAAUGCAACGUGUUUGGUUCUUGUGGGUUAUACAGCAUUUGUGGGUAUAAUUCCACCGGCCCCAUUUGUGGUUGUUUGUAUUCCGAUUCCAUAGACGAGGGGAAUUCUAUUCCUUCAUCUGAUUCAGGUUCCGGUUCUGGGUGCAAGAAAAUGGUUGAUUUAGCAAACUGUAAACAUCAUACAAGCAUGUUGGUAAUGAAACAAACCGUUCUUUAUGGAUUAUACCCUCCUCAUGACAUCGAUAUGAUGUUGAGUGAAGAAUCUUGUAAAGAAUAUUGUUCAAAUGACACCACGUGUUUAGCACUAACUUCAAAGAAUGAUGGGUCGGGUUUAUGCACUUUGAAAAGAACCGGGUUUAUUAGUGGAUCUACAGGCCCUUCGAUCCCUUCAACUUCAUUCUUGAAGGUUUGUUUAGUCCCACAGGCGGUUGCCACCAAGGGUGGCAACCCUAAUGCCGCCCCUAAAUCAAUAUCUUUCCCUUUUCAAGGUAAUUAUAGAAAGGAAGUGGAAGAACUCACUUCGGGAUUUUCAACUCCUCUUGGGUCUUCAGUGUUCAAAGGGGUACUACCGGAAAAAAUGGCAGUGGUGGUGAAGGUGGUGGAGGGAACGGUGGUGUCGGAGAAGGAGUUUGUGAAGGCGACAGCGGUCUUGGGCGGCACCCACCACCGGAAUUUAGUGUCUGUAAAAGGGUUUUGCUUUGAGCCGAAACAGAAGGUGGUGCUAAUUUAUGAAUAUAUCUCAAAUGGGUCUGCUGACAAAUGGGUAUUUGAGGAUCAAAGAGAAAGAAAUUGGCAAAAAAGAGUUGAUAUUGCUGUUGGGGUUACACGUGCUCUUGCGUAUCUACACACUGAAUGUCAACUAUGCAUUCCUCAUGGAAAUUUGAAGCUUGAAAACGUGUUGUUUGAUGAAAGAAUGGUGCCAAAAUUGACCGAUUUUGGGAUCAAGAGUUUUUUGUGUUCAUCUUCAUCGUCUUCGUCAAACCAGUCUCCAUCAGAGGAAGAUAUUUACAUGCUUGGGAAACUGUUGAUUGAGAUUGUGUUGUGUGGUAGGGAUGCAGUGGGAGAUUAUAGUUUGGAUCAAGUGAUGGAGAAAGUGAUUGUAGAACAGAAGUAUUUAGAUAAUGAGGAUUUGAGUGGGGUUGAAAGAGUGGUAAGGAUAGCUUUGUGGUGUAUGCAAAAUCAGCCAUUUUUGAGACCUUCGGUUGGUGAAGUAAUGAAGGUGUUGGAAGGUACUCUUUCGGUUGAUAGACCGCCAUCGAGCUUUGCUUAUAGAUAUGGUGAUGGUACGGAGAAGGAAGUUGUAGGGGAAAUAGAGUCGUCAUCUUAG